AUGGCGUUAGGCUUUAGCAACAGCGAGAAAGUUGACAACGAGUCUCCCUCGCCUAUUGCCGACCAGACCAACUUCGGCAAAGAGGGCUACUACGAUGGCUUUGCACCUGGUCAGGACAACGCCGAGAAGGGCGGCAUGCCAGGCAAGCACCGCAAGAUGAGCCGGAUAGAUAAACCUGUCACCAAGUCCAUCUCUGCUCAGGGCUAUGGCGAUACAUUGACUGGCGACGAUGAGACCGACCCGAGUAUUUCGGUUGGCAAACAGAUGGAAUUGGAGGCCGGCAACUCGAUCAAGUACAGGACUUGCAGUUGGUAUAAGACUGCAGCUCUGCUGUUCUCCGAGUACAUCUGUUUGGCUAUCAUGUCAUUCCCGUACUCCUACUCCGUGCUGGGUCUCGUACCAGGCUUGAUCUUGACUGUCGUCAUCGCAGCCUUGGUUCUCUACACCUCGCUAAUCGUUUGGGAAUUCUGCAUGCGCCACCCGGAAGUUAAGGAUGUGUGUGACAUAGGCCAGAUGCUCUUCUGGAAUCAACGUUGGGCUUGGUGGGCCACCGCCGUCAUGUUCAUCCUGAACAACACCUUCAUUCAAGGCUUCCACUGCUUGGUCGGCGCCAAGUACCUCAACACCAUGACACAGCGAGCAGACGGAAACGUCGCUCUCUGUACCGUCGGCUUCAGCGCCAUCAUGGCAGUCGUCUCCUUCUUUUGCUCUUUGCCACGGACGUUCAGCACUCUGGCCAAGCUCGCGACCGUCAGCGCCUUCACCACUUUCCUGUCCGUGCUCCUCGCCACCAUCUUUGCUGGUAUUGAGGCUCAUCCCGGUGGUGUACCGGGUUCGAAAUGGCCAUCUCUUGGGCCACCAACUGUCUACGCUGUUCCUGUCGCUGGCACCACAUUCGUUGCAGGCAUGAACGCCUUCAUGAAUAUCAGCUAUACUUUCAUCGGUCAGAUCACCAUCCCAUCCUUCAUCGCCGAGAUGAAGGAGCCCAAAGACUUCCCAAAGGCACUCUGGGCUGUCACGAUUGCCGAGGUCAUUCUCUUUUCUCUCGUCGGCUCCAUCAUCUACGCAUACACCGGUACAAACUACAACACCGCGCCAGCCUUUGGCUCUCUCGGCAACGAACUCUACCUCAAGGUCAGCUUUAGCUUCAUGAUCCCAACCCUCAUCUUUUUGGGUGUGCUCUACGCUUCGGUCUCCGCUCGCUUCGUGUUCUUCCGCCUCUACGCCGGUACUCGCCAUCUUGGCAACAACACUCUGAUCGGCUGGGCAGGCUGGGCCGCUAUCCUCGCCUGCACCUGGGUACUCGCCUUCAUCAUUGCCGAAGUCAUCCCCUUCUUCGCCGAUCUGUUGUCGCUCAUGAGCUCCCUCUUCGACAGCUUCUUCGGCUUCAUCUUUUGGGGCGUUGCAUACCUACGCAUGAGACGUGCAGAUUACGGUCCUGGUUUCUGGAAGACACGUGGUAUCCGUGGUAUGGCUGGCGCUGCCCUCAAUGUGACCUGCAUUCUCAUUGGUCUGCUGUUCUUGACGGCUGGUACUUAUGCCUCUGUGGAGAGUAUUGUGCAGGGUUAUGAGUCUGCUACUUUCGGCGGGCCGUUCUCGUGUGGCUAUAACGGCUUGUGA